UUGACGCGGAACGAGAAACAGGAAAAAAAUCUGAAAAAAACCAAAAAAAUUGAGAAUUUAAAAAAAAAUUAAAAUUAAAAAAAAGAGAGAAAUAAAAAAAAAACAAAAAAAAAUAAAUUUUAAAAGCUGUACCUGUGAUAAGUGAAAAAAAAAUCAAAUGUUUUAGUCAAAAAAAAAAUUAAAAAUUGAAAAUUAAAAAAAAAAAUACAGAAAAAAAUGAAAAAAUAUAUUUUUGGGUUAAUCACAUUUGUUUGUCUCACAUUUCAAAAUGUCAAAGCUACAAACUGUGUACUUCCAUUAAAGCCAAACUACUCCUUUUUCGCUCCCCUGAUCUUCACAAAGAACGGCACGUUGAUCGACACGGAAAAUGUGAGUCCGAAUCACGAAGAUAUCGCUCUCGAAGCGGGUCAAGAAGUCUUACUCUCGUGCGCCCCCAGCUACUUUAAGCACUUUUCCGCCGACAAAACGCUCUCCGCGACCUGCAAAGAGGAAACAAAUCUAUUGGUUCAAGAUGCUGAGAAAGAUUUUACAUCUGAUCUGUCAUGUGGCGUUCGAAGCAUCGAAGAAAUAAUAACACCUGUUAAUGGUUGUCCUUCUAAUUGUAGAUCCAUUGAAUAUGGCUAUGCGAAUCCGAUUGCGGGCAAGUCAUACGUGCUCGGCGAGGUGUGCAUGAACGUGAAGACGGGCCGAAUGCUUUUUGUGCACACGCGACUUCGCAAAGAUGGCACGCACACCGACGUCGACAAAGUAGCGCUCAAAGUGCGCGGACCAAAUUACUUCCAUCAGGAGCAUCCGACGACAUAUUACAAAAUUGAACUCAUGAAGGCAUUGCGCUUGGAUGACUUGAAUGCGAUGUACAAAUCGAUGUUUGGACCCAAAAAUAUCCCGUUGAUCAGCACGAAACGCUAUGUGGCAGCGAAUAUGCUCACGAACAAGCAAUAUUUGCCCGUGACGAAACUCGCCUGGAAUUACGCCAUCGUCAAUGACGAAGAGCAUCUCGAGAACUACGAUUCGUUGCAAGAAGACAUUAUGGCACUCCAAGUCGAAAAUUUGGAAGUUUAUACGGGAAGUUCGGGAACUCUUUCGUGGAAAGCCCAAAAUGGCGAUCAAGUCGAAGUUUUUCUGAAAACCAACAAAUUCCCCGUGCCCAAGUAUUUAUGGACUGUCGUCAAAUCCGGACAAAAAGUCGUCGCUUUUGCCAUUUUGAACAAAAAUAACGUCUCUGACCGCGAUCUGCAAAAAGAUUCUUUCUGCUCGAGCAAAUGCGAAGAAAUCUCAUGGAUCAAAAAUCUCAAAGCCGAGAAGCAAUACAAGAAACUCGAACACGGCUACGUGCUUUGCUGCGAAUUUAACGAAUUCAAGAGGACAAUUACGGAAAUGCCAAAUAUUUCAGGAACGUUAGAAUUAUUUACCUAAAAAAAACCUGAAAAAAUUCAGAAUAAAAAAAUUGAGCAAAAAAAAAAUAAAAGGCGGCUAAUUUAAAAAUUGCGGUGCAAAUUUUUAAGAAGCAGUGCUUAAUAAAUAAAUAUUAAUAAAAUAAAAAAAAAAAUUUUAUGUAUCUGUAGAACUAUCGCGUAUCGCGCGUAGUAGAUGCAAAAAAAAACCAAACAAAAGAAUGUAAAGUAGAAUAAAAUGAAGAAUGAUUUUCCAAGAAAA